CCUCCUUGUGUUUAGAAGAGAAGGAGAAGAAAAGCUUCAGCUCCCUCCAGGCAAAGUUCAGGGUGGAUAUUAGGAACAACUUCCUUCCUGCAAGACUUGUCAGGCACUGGAACAGGCUGCCCAGGGAGAUGGUGGAGUCACCAUGCCUGGAGGUGUUCAAAAAGUGUGGGGACAUGAUUUAAUGGCCACGGUGGUGUUGGGUUGAUGGUUGGACUUAAAGAGUUUAGAAGUCUCUUGCAGCUGAAAUGUUUCCAUGAUUUCUGUAGAGUGAACAGUGUCAGCAUUUUAAUUUUUCUUCCUGUGAGGGUGACAGAGCACUGGGAGCAGCUGCCCAGGGAGGUUGUGGAGUCUCCCUCUCUGGAGAUAUGCAAGAAUUGUCUGGAUGCCUUCCUGUGUGAUCUGAUCUAAGUGAUCUUGCUCUGGCAGGGGGGCUGAACCAGGAAAUAUGGGAUGUAUAAAAUCAAAAAGGAAAGAGAAUCUGCAUGGAGAUGGGCUAGAUUUGAAGAACCAACCAGUACGUAAAACUGACCGAACUAUUUAUGUGAGGGAUCCAACGGCCAAUAAACAGCAGAGGCCAGCAAACCAAGAAGCCCAGCUUUUACCAGGACAGAGGUUUGUCAGUGAAGAAUCAGAGGAGCAUGGAGUCAUCGUGGUAGCUUUGUACCCCUAUGAUGGCAUUCAUGAAGAUGACCUGUCCUUCAAAAAAGGAGAAAAAAUGAAAGUUAUUGAGGAGCAGGGAGAAUGGUGGAGGGCAAAAUCUCUCACAACCAGGAAGGAAGGCUUCAUUCCCAGCAACUAUGUAGCCAAAGUAAACACUCUGGAAACAGAAGAGUGGUUCUUCAAAGACAUAACCCGCAAAGAUGCUGAAAGACAGCUCCUGGCUCCUGGAAACAGUCCUGGAGCUUUCCUUAUCAGAGAAAGUGAAACAUUAAAAGGCAGCUAUUCUCUCUCCAUAAGAGACUAUGACCCACAGCACGGUGAUGUUAUCAAGCACUACAAAAUCAGGAGCCUAGACAACGGAGGGUUUUACAUCUCUCCAAGAAUCACUUUCCCCAGCAUCAAUGACAUGAUCAAACAUUAUCAAAAGCAGUCAGAUGGCUUAUGCAGAAAGUUGGAAAAAGCUUGUAUCAGCCCCAAGCCUCAAAAACCAUGGGAUAAAGAUGCCUGGGAAAUUCCACGGGAGUCAAUUAAAUUGGUGAAGAAACUUGGAGCUGGUCAGUUCGGAGAGGUCUGGAUGGGCUACUACCACAACAGCACAAAAGUGGCAGUGAAGACUCUGAAGCCUGGGACAAUGUCUGUGCAAGCCUUCCUGGAGGAAGCCAACCUGAUGAAAACACUUCAGCAUGAUAAGCUGGUCAGGCUUUAUGCUGUGGUCACCAAAGAAGAACCUAUUUACAUCAUAACAGAAUUCAUGGCGAAAGGAAGUUUGCUGGAUUUCCUGAAGAGUGAUGAAGGAAGUAAGUUGCUGCUUCCCAAGCUCAUUGACUUCUCUGCUCAGAUUGCAGAAGGCAUGGCCUACAUAGAAAGAAAAAAUUAUAUCCAUCGAGAUCUGAGAGCAGCAAAUGUUCUGGUUUCAGACUUACUGAUGUGCAAAAUUGCUGACUUUGGGCUGGCAAGAGUCAUUGAAGACAAUGAAUACACAGCAAGGGAAGGUGCCAAGUUCCCUAUUAAAUGGACAGCACCAGAGGCAAUCAACUAUGGCUCUUUUACUAUUAAAUCUGAUGUGUGGUCAUUUGGGAUUCUCCUGUAUGAAAUUGUCACAUAUGGAAAGAUUCCUUAUCCAGGUAUGAGCAAUUCAGACGUGAUGGUUGCUCUUCAGCGAGGGUACCGAAUGCCACGCAUGGAAACCUGUCCAGCUGAGCUUUAUGAUAUCAUGAAAACAUGCUGGAAAGACAAAGCAGAAGAGAGGCCAACAUUUGACUACCUACAGAGUGUGCUUGAUGACUUCUACACAGCAACAGAAGGGCAGUAUCAACAACAGCCAUAGAACAGAGAACACUUUUUCAGUUGCCAUGGCUCACUGGCACAGACUCAUUUGGACAGACUGCUCAAGCCACUUACUUCACGAGUCUUGAUGUCUGAACUGAGUGUGGAAGCUGAAAAGCUGAAGGAAAGAGUAAUUCUGCAGCAAAACAAUCAUGGUUUUGUUUGGUUAAAACAGCUCCUCUGAAGCAAGCUUGACAUUGUCCUUAAAUGCUCUGUGGUUUGCAGCUGCAGAAGCACCCCAAGGCAAGCAGGCUUUUUGGGGUGGGGCAGGAGAAGGAAGUGAUCAUGGUGCAGUUUGGCAACAUCUUAGGAUCCAAAUCGUGCAGUACAUUACGAGGAGACCUUUAUGGAAGGGGCAAGAAGAUGCACAAACAGCUGCUUGCAAAAGAAAGAGUCGAGAACGAGAAGUUGCAAGUUUAAGACAUGGUGAUGUUGUUAAUUUUUUUUCAAUUCAGCAUAUUAUGAAAACUUUUUUUAUAUCCUUGUUACCCUGCACUGGUAGCUGGAGCACUGUCACCUCUUGUAGGACUUCCUAACACUGUCUUGGUUUCCUCUAAGGAAGGGUUGUAAAGAAGAUGAAUCUUUUCUGCUGUAUUACCCAUUCUGAACUUGAGAUCCUCUCCAAA